UUUUCAUUCGCCAUACGUAUUCACGCAGUUGCACCUAGUCUAUUCCACAGUGCAUGCGCACAAUAAUCCAGUCAAUGUGCCAUUGAAUAAAAGUGGUCAAAAAAUAGACAGUCGAUUAUAUUUUUAAAAGAAAUAAUUCUACAUGAGAAAGUGGGCACAAGGCCGAAUGUCGUGCUUGACGAAUUUACCGAGACGAAGAUACGCACGUCAGGAGGCAGCGGGCAGAUGAGUAACAAUGUUGAAUACAAGGAGAAGAGUAAAUUGCGUGAAUGGAGAGAUGAGUUGAUACGACGAGGAAAGGUGAAUGUUAAUUGAGAGAAUAAAAUGAAAAGAUCAUACGGUAACUCUGGUGACAAGAGUAAUGAGAGUCUCGAGGCUACGAGACGAUUGUACAGGGGAGCAACAGAUGUUGCGAAGAGACUCGAUGAGCAGAAGAGCUGUGCCCUGACAGCGACUGAUAUUUUUACACCAUCGGGCGAGGUUCUCAGGGCUAAAUUAAAGGAUUAUUGCGAACGACUGAUCCUGAAGGAUCCGGUGAGCCAUGCCAGGAAGAUUGACGAGUUGCUUUGGCGGAGAGGAUUUUAUGAUAUCGUUGCUGCUGCCAAGAAACUUAGAAAGGGAAAUGUCUGGAGUGAUGCGGAAAAAGCACUGCUCUCUACCCAUCUUCACGUGGGCGUUGGAUUCUACCAUCACUUGAUACUCAGAUUACAACAGGAAUGUGGGCUGGAUUUAUCGGGCGUAGUCGACUUUGCAUUUCCUGGGAGGAAAGAUGUCAUCAUCAUUAGAGAAAAAAUGCCUCCAGCAAAGCUGCAAUCAGAGGAAUAUCGUCAAUGUGUCAUGAAAAUAAUUCACAGAAGUUUGAUAUGCCUGGGUGACCUGGCUCGUUACAAAUUAGAUCUAGACCCCAACUGGGAUCCCAUGAUCGCCACGAGAUACUACAAAAUGGCAAUAGCAAUAGACCCAAACAUUGGAAUGCCCCACAAUCAGCUGGGCACAUUGGCAGGCAACAGAAACUACGGAAUCGAGGCCGUUUAUCAUUACUUGAGAUGCAUUCUCUGUUCUGAACCCUUCGAGGGAACUGAGGGCAACCUCAAGAGAGUCAUUUCCACUCAUAUUUAUUAUGACAAGGAAAAAUUACCAUCUCAACGUUGCGCUGCUAGACUGUUUACGUUAUUGCAGAAGUGGGAUAAUGAUUCUUCGAGUAUGGAACGGAUAAAUGAAGAUUGUGAGAAUCUGCUAACCGAGAUGGAAAAUUGCUUAACCCUCGAAAAACCUGAGCCCCAAUCCCGGAAUGCACCGAUGAAAGGCGACACAAUCGACGAAUUCCUCCUGAACAGCAAAACAGAUCAGUGCUCCCAGCUCACCGAAGACGUUGUCUUCAAAAUGGUUGCAAUUUGCCUCAUGUCAAUUUCCAAACUCCAGUCUAAGAACUCACCUCACGUCCAGAGCAUCAUUGCUUUCAUCCUCUCCCUCCUAUCAAAACUGAUCCAAAUCACGAUCAUUCAUCUCCAAGAGUCCAUCAUCGAGACAUCGUUAAUGAAUAGCGAAGGUGUCAGCCUCAUAAUUUCCCCUGAGACCACCGAAAAAAUCGAGAAUAAAGACCUGAACGCAGUCGAUCUCAACGACAAUACGAGACAAUCAUCCCCAACCCAAAAGAAACAAAAUGGAAAUGUCAAUGGAAACCCGAAGAAAUCCCGAGACAAAUCUAAAUAUUUGUUGAGAAAAUUACGAAGACCUAGAAAGAGAAUCAACAGUUCAGACUCAGAUGGGAGUGACAUCGACGGUCCUGGGAUAGGUUCCUCCAGUGAUGAACUAAAUUCCGACAUCUCUGAGACUGAAGAAGAGGACGAGUUGAGCCAGGGGCAGGACGAUCCAUCAGAAGACGAGAUUGAAAAUGACACUUUAAUCAAUGAAAAUGAAGAAUCUGAAGCUCCAAUUAUCGAGAUAAAUUGUCACGAAAAGGACCUAGGGGACGACAAAUGUCUGUCAGAUAAGAAUAAUCCCCAGGUAAACGAAAUUGCUGGAGAAAAUGAGAAGAAUAUCUCCAAUGGAGAUGCCCAGCCCCCAGAUCUGGCAUUCGUUGCUCAACUGAAGAAGCAAAACCUCAACCCCAGGGACCUUUUGGGUAUCUUUUGCAAAGAGGAAUUGCUGCAAUCGAUCAAGAUCUGCUUCGACUGGAUCAAGAGUCAUCCUGAGAUCAUCAAAAUUAUAUCGAGGAGCUCGAGAACACUUUUACACAGGAUUGUGGUUCUGUCGAAUUUAUUGAUGAUUGAUGUUGAUGAACUGAUCGAUUUGAAGAAGGACUCUGGGGUUCUGAGGGAUAAAAGUAAAUUUCGAGGAUAUGUGGGGGUGAUUCCACUGCCUGAGGACAGUGACCUGAAGGGUCUGGACGUGCUGAAAGGUUCACACGAGAAUUUGGACUGGAGGAUUUUGAGGAAUUUCAAUGUCAGCAGGACUGAGCAGGUGCUACUGAGGACUCAGAAGAUUAUUUGCUUCGGAGAGGAUCUGACGAGGGUGGAGGAGGCAGGGGUGACCUUCGAUGAGACACAAAAAGUCUUCUUGUUGGAGGAUCCCAAGGGUCCGGGAGUAAUCGAGGAGGAGCAGAGGGACAGUUGUAAAAAUCAGAAGCAGAAUGGGAAUGAGGAUCAGUCCAGGGGCAAGCUGAUGAGGCACAUGGGGAAACUGUGGUUGAAGGCGGAGGUUAGGGCACUAGAGAGCAGUCUCAGGUCCAAGCUGAUGUCAGCGUAUCUGGUGCCGGACCAUGAGGCUCUUGCCAAGUUCAUGCCCGUGCUGAAGCGGCUCAUGUAUGCGAAGAAGUUUAUUAUUGUGAUCCCAUCUGUUGUUGUUCAAGCAUUGGAUGAGAUGAAACGAACUAGCAGUCAAGCGCGUGAAGCUACUAGAUGGCUAGAGUCCCAACUCCGAAAGGGAUCCAGGUUUCUUCGAGCUCAGAGACCCCACGAACACUUAGCCCUACCUUACAUCAAGGGACCAAAGCCCAAGGACAAAGAGGCCUGGUCAUUCUUUCAGAUCAUCGAGUGCUGCCACUAUCUAACGCAGCAGAGUAAUGUGGGAUUCAGUGCUGGAUCUGGAUCACCUGUUGUUACACUUUUGACAGGGACUAGUGUCGAAGAGAGAAAAUCAUCGAGUUUCAGCAGUGACGGAUUGGCUAAAACUGCUGGAAUAAAUUUGGAACACAUCGAAUCCUUCCACACAAAAUGGAAAACAUCAAGCAAAAGUCAUGGUUGAAGGCAUUCUAUCACCAGUUGAGUGUCCUGGCUACAAUUGACAUAAUCAAGUCGUUGAACAACGACCAAGAGGACUAUGAACAACUGAAUCAUUCGUUGAAAGAUAUCACAAACGAUCUUGAUACAUUGGAGACAACGCAUGGGUUCAGUGGGUUGGAAACCCAAGGGGGAAUUAACCAACGAUUUAUGGUGGAAAUAAUGUUUUGAUUGUUCUGUGUGUGUUUCUCUCUCGAGGAUUUAAUAAAAUAUUUUUUUGAUUCAUGUU